AUGGACAGGUAUCACAAAAACAGUCGAUUUGAACCCCUCAACGGCGCUCCAUUUGCUCUCUGUCUCCGUGGCGCCUUUGGUACAUCAAACUCAUUCAUUGGGCAAGCAAAGAGUUAUGCAUCUACUCCCUUUGGAGCUGUGCGACAGAAGAUGCCCCCAUCUGGAAGCCGAUCCCUACACACAAGUCGUCCCCUGUCAGCUGCUGUGGCGAACCGGCCAUUAUCUCCCCAUCUUCCUCUAAAGAAGCCACAGCUGAGCGCUACGUUCUCCAUCUCACACCGUAUAUUUGGUGUUGCACUUGGUGCCGCCAUCAUAUCUAUUCCUCUUGCCACCAAGUUCAGCCUCAUGUUUGGUGUCUGA